UGUCAAAGACGCCUUGCUUAUUGCUACGCGCGAACUGUCGCGCAACAUAUCGAGAUCGGCAGCAUGGCGCGUACAAUCCGAGCCAACGCGCUCGAGAAGCUCGCCCGCCUUUCAGCGCAAUCGCCGACCGCGACUUCGCCCAGCAAUGACUUUGAAAGAUUAUACAAGAGAUGUGCAAAUGCCCCAAGAGCUCCGAAUGGUGUCGGUGGCGUCAAGAUCACAGAGCUAGAGGCAGUUCUGGCUCUGUGCAAGGCUGCACCAUAUGUCGAAUCCAUAGAAGUCGCUGCACCGCUCUUCGAUCGUCUCGCCGCCUACCUGCCCAGCAUCUAUGCCCAGGUACUGCUGCCGUCACCGAGUCUUCGAGAAAUACAGCCUUCUCCCUACGAGGUGCUUUCCUACAACCUGGCCUCUGCGAUCCUGCAGCUCGGCGCCCGCCACGACCAGCUUCGAUCAAAGGUUACGGAAACUUUAGCAAGCUAUGUACAAGGCUGGACAGCUACAGCGGCCGAGCUGUCAGCGUUGCAGUUGGAUGAUGGCGACGAAAUGUCUGAUAUAGAUGCAGGCGGAGAACUUUCGCAGGUCAUCACACACAGCUUGUCAUUCUUAGGCUUCCUAGAUGCCGCCGCCGAAUAUGCAAGAUUCUGGAAUGCGUACGAGAGACUUCAAUUCGUUCAGGAGGUUAAGGCAGCACUUUCGGAACAAUUCUUCCUCGCUUUCGAGACCGCGUUGUCGAUUGCGCGUAAUGCGCGCUCACAUCAACAUGGCCUAAGAGAGUGGAAGCGCUACACGAAGCAUUAUGCGGCCAUUGGACGGCCCUUGGGUGCUAUGAUCUUGCACGAUUCAUUCUUAAAGGUUGUUGUAACUUCUGCAUCACUGCUUGUCGAAACGCCAGCGCGCAAACCUCGCGAAUCCAUCCUAGACCAUCUUCAAACGUCCUAUAACAAGAACCGUGCAGCUGGAGACACAUCUGACGAUGCCCUCGCCGAAGGUCUGACGCGAAUCGCAGUCGACGAAAUGCACGGGUUAGAGAACGACGUUGACUACUUGCAAAGGGUAGGGUCUGCGUGGCAGCAACGUCAGGCAUCUUCGGUCAAAGCUAAGAUCAUCACAACUUAUCUGUGCUGCACCGUGUACGAUGACGACGUCGCAGACAAUGAAGUCUUGCUGGCCUGGCUUGACGCUGUGCUGAAUGAUCCUACUCAGAGCGCGGAUCACAACUUGGCUUCCACAGCGUUGAAGUCUAUGGCCAUUCUGGCGAAGGUGUCUGCGUCUACUGCAUCGAUAUUGGGACGGUCCCUUCCAAGGCUCAUUGUCCAAGCUAACUUCGAUCACCGGACCUCCUCGGCUGCAGCUGAUUCUCUAGCUGCUGUCCUAAGUCUGCUUCCCCAGGACGCUAUCAUCACGACAUUGUACAGUCUUGGAAACGUUAUAAGUGCAGGAUCUGCCACUGCUGGUGGUACUUCUGCAUCCCCUUCGCUCAACGGUACUGGUAAUACAUUGCGUACUCCGGGGAUAUAUGCGCAGCAAUCUAACGGUAGCGCAAUCUCGCUAACUCCGAGUGAUGUAGAGGAACCGCAUCACGUGCAUACAACUAUCGUGGACACCGUGGUAUCUGUGGCGAGCAAGUGCAAGGACGAAAAGAUUACGGCUCUGGCUCUAUCAAUGCUUGUACAGAAAAUUGGAAGAGCGAGCAAGGUUGUCGACGUGAAGAUCAUCACCGACGCAGCACUGCUCGGUAUUCACACAACCCCAGCAGAGUUCAGAUCGCUUCUCAAGCUCUACUCGACGCUCUGUCAUGAUGCGCUUGUCAAGGAUGAUACAGUCACCCUCGAUGCUGUCAUGAAUGCACGCCUGAAUAUCUCGAGAAUGGUAUCCGAGGAUGAAGCUUUCGAAGUAUACCUCACUCAUCUACUGGACGCGAUUGUCAGUAAGGGCGACGCUCAAGAGACGGCACAUAAGCACUUAAGGGAUACUGGCUUGGCUUCGCAGGAGAUUGCGCAGAUGCUGAAACCUCUAGCUACACUUCUUGCUUGCAAUGCUCAGCGCGCGGACUCGAUUGAGCUAGGCGAUGCUAUCGUCAGCUUACAGCGCGAUGCAUGGUUCAACAUUGUGGUUCACGGCUUCGAUACCAACUCAGAUCUGGGUAAACAAUACAUUGAAGAGCUUCGGACCCUUGCUCGCUUUAGCAAGCCCCUAAUCGCCGAAGAGCGUCCGAUGCUGUCAGAGAGCGACAUCGAGUUAAACACAGUACUUCGCCGUGGCAAAUCCCCAGAACAUACGACUGAGCAGAAACGACGUCUUGCCAAGCUUCUCCCUUCGUGCGAGGCAGAUACGAAGCCGCUUACGUAUCCUGAAGCAGUAUUCUUGAACACAGCAUAUCUUGUAGAAGAAUUGCGGGCUAGUACAGGCGACUGCACUAAGGCGCUUGCGUACUUCCUGGACCCCAAGUUGCGGACUGGAGCAGUUGGCAAUUGCAUGUCCGCGAUCACUAUCAUGGCUGUCAGGACAUAUUUGGCGAAGACACUUUCAGGCCAACAUCAUACCUUCUCUACGCCAUACCUUGCACAGCAGCUCGCGCAAAUCUUUGCAGCCUGUUGUCACCGCAUUGCCCGGGUCCAACAGGCUGCAGCUGCUUGUGCCGACAUCAUCAUUCGAGAGGUACCAUCGACAUUGUGUCAGAAGAGUGCUCUAUUCGCUCUCCUCGAGCUGCUUUCUAUCAUGUGGUACAGCUGUCUCGAAGGAGAAACCGACGAGUACACUUGGAACUCAACGUUCACCUCGAAGAAGUCGGACAUCACUGUGGAGCUGUCGGAUGAUUACGCCUUUCGUCAGGCGACCCUUGAAACCUUGCACAAGCGUGCAACAUCUUGGAUCAAAGGAGUCAUUGAAGUGGCUCCUCUGGACGUCAAGGGUCUCCUCCAGACCUAUCUAUCAGAGUUUGAUGAUGAGACGUCUUAUGGUCAUGUGUCUCUGGGACGAUCAUUUGCCCUGGAUAUGGGAUCUGUAGUCCCUGCGAAUGAUCAGCGUCUUGGUGCGAUUGAGCGCCAGGGCAUCAAUAUCAACACCGCUUCCGACUUCAUCACUCAGUACACCACCAGACAAGAGUAUAAGUUCCUUGAGAGCAGCAAUGACCAGCAAGAAGAGUGGCUCAAUGGAGGGAAUACUAAAGGCUCCGUGCCGACACAUCUAUCUCGCAGCAUUCAAGACGCUACUAAGCUCCUCAUUGACGUCGAACAGCGAACACUUCACCACAAGCAUGUCACCAUUGCUGAGUUGCGAGAUAUUCUGCGACGUGCAGCUGCCCUUCUUUGUCGAGUUAAGAGAGAUCAGGCACCUAUCGUACAUCACCUAGUCGGUAUUCCUUUUGCAGUCUUCUCCAAACAAUCGAUUAAGCUGGGUAUCUCGCUUUGGACGAGUGUCAUCAAGGAGAACCCUCGCAUGGAAUCGCGUGUCCUAGUGGCAAUCGCCGAGAACUUUGAGAGUACCGUGCGCAAGCGGAGAGGUCUCUUUAGUUCUUCCCUCAAUCACCCGGACCCCUUCUACGGCAAACAAGAAUUUGCUGCUACUGACAGGGAAACAUUGGCCAAGCAUCAGCAGCACAUCUACAAUCUCAUCGCACCACAUUUCCGGCUGGUACAGUUCCUGUCCAGCCAUUUCAGCGCCUCUCGGCUCAGCAAAUCGGACUUUGAGCGCGUGUACGUCCGGUUGAUUCACACUACGCUCGACGCAAUGAGCGAAGGGUGCUCGCAGCCUUUGGCUAGGGAGGCUUAUUUCCAUAUAGUUCUGCUCGCAUUGCGCAUUGUUCGUCAUAGCACGACCAUAUCUUCUGCCGCCAAAUGGCGUCUUAUGGACCGUCUGUUGACCGUAGCCCUGGCGUGGUUCGCUCACGCACCUCAAUGGUCUUAUGGUGGCAACCGUUUACAGAUUAAAGCAGAAGCUCAGGUUUUAUCAGACGUGCAGACUCAUCUAGAAGCCCUCGGGAAGUUGGCCAUCGUGGCGGAUUCAGCAUCGAGACAAGUCAAGGCUAAACAGGACUUACUGUCCUUACUGAUCUCCAAUGAGCAGACACGUCUAAGUGUCUGGUUGUUUCCUUUGGACAAUGGGAAGAAGCAUCACUUUGGUGGUGGCGCCAGGAACAGUUUGCCAGACGCCGCUGUCUCAGCCCACGUCAAAACAGCAUGGGCAGAGAAUCCGGCGAUUGCCAUCCAUCUAAUCAAACGCUUCCAGUCUCUCCGUCUGCAGAGCGAGGUCCGGUUCCAGGUACUCAACUUCCCACACAAGGUCUUGGAUGUACCAGAUGCUCUGGAGAUCAUGCUAGGUAAUCAGUUGCCCGGUGAUGUUUCCUUCCAACUCAAGUAUCUGCUUUACUGGGCUCCAUUGAACCCCAUCACGGCAGUGACACUCUUCAUGCCGGCUUAUGGCAACCACCCAUUCGUCAUUCAGUAUGCUAUGCGAGCCCUCGAAAGCCAUUCGGUAGAUGUCAUGUUCUUCUACGUUUAUCAGAUAGUCCAGACGCUCCGAUACGACGUUCUUGGUUACGUGGAAAGAUACAUUAUCGAGACAGCCAAGUUGUCUCAGUUGUUCGCUCAUCAGAUUAUCUGGAAUAUGAAGGCAAACGCCUUCAAGGACGAGGCUUCGGAGAUCCCCGACCCAGUCAAGCCCACUUUGGACAAAGUCAUGACCAGUCUUGAGUCAAGCUUCUCAAAAGAGGAUCACGAAUUCUACGAGCGCGAAUUCGCCUUCUUCAAUGAAGUCACCGGAAUAUCUGGUACACUGCGUUCCGUUUUACACGAGCCAAAGGAAGUCAAAAAGCAGAAGAUCGCAGAGGAGCUGCGCAAGAUCGAAGUUGAGGUUGGCGUCUAUCUGCCCAGUAAUCCUGAUGGUCAAGUCAUCGGCAUCGAUCGCAACUCCGGCAAGCCACUGCAGUCGCACGCGAAAACACCCUUCAUGGCAACGUUCCGCAUCCGCAAGAACAAGCCUGACACAGGUCUCAUCGAAGACAUUGAAGAAGAGCCCCGUUCCGGACUCCCUGCAAAGAGCAACACCUACGAGACCUGGCUUUCAGCCAUCUUCAAAGUCGGAGACGACUGUCGCCAAGAUGUUCUUGCGCUUCAGAUGAUUGCUGCAUUCCGCGGUAUCUUCAACACCGUCGGGCUUGAUGUCUGGGUUUUCCCUUACCGGGUUACUGCGACAGCGCCUGGCUGUGGUGUUAUCGAUGUUCUUCCCAACUCCAUUAGUCGCGAUAUGCUGGGCCGUGAGGCAGUCAAUAGGUUGGACGACUACUUCGUCUCCCGCUACGGCAACGAAGACAGCAUUCGCUUCCAAGAAGCGCGUUCCAAUUUUGUGAAAAGUAUGGCCGCGUACAGCGUCAUCAGCUUUCUGCUACAGUUCAAGGACCGCCACAACGGCAAUAUUAUGAUCGAUGAUGCUGGCCACAUCAUCCACAUCGAUUUCGGGUUCUGCUUCGACAUCGCACCCGGCGGUAUCAAGUUCGAACGCGCACCCUUCAAGCUCACUGCUGAGAUGAUCGCCGUCAUGGGCGGCAGCACAACGUCGCAGCCUUACCGUUGGUUUGAGGAGCUCACUAUCAAAACCUUCCUUGUGGCCAGACAGCACUGCGAUCACCUAUGCCACAUCGUCGAGCUAAUGCUCGAUAGCGGGCUGCCGUGCUUCAAGCCUGAGACUAUCAAGAAUUUCAGAGACAGGUUUGUGCUGGAUCGCACAGAGAGGGAGGCCGCGGACUACAUGCGCGGAUUGAUCCAGAAGAGCGCGAGCAGUUACAGUACGGGCACGUACGAUCGGUUCCAGUUGAUCACCAACGGCAUUCCGUAUUAGACAAUGCAGCGACGUGGACGGUGUGAAUAUAUAGCACUAAUACAAUUGUUUUUCUCGAGU